AUGCCCGAUUUGAUAGAUUAUCUUGUGUUAGUGUUCAUUUAUGCACGCGACCCUCCUUCCCAGCAUAAAGACCGCUCACGUGACGCACUGUUACUCAGUCUGGAGUAUGAUAACUACUCCAGACUGAGUAACAGUGCGUCACGUUGUCAUAUCCAUCUCUCUUGUCUCAAAGUCGCUCGAUGA